AUUUUGAUGGAUUGUAUUUGCGAAUCUCAGAAAAGGGGAUAUUAGGGCACAAAAAGAAAAGUCAGCGAGAGAAGAAGAAGAAGAUGAGGAAAUUUGAUCCGUGGGGAGUAUUUUUCAAGAGAGAAUUUAACAGGAACUGGCCUUUCCUCGUUGGCUUCGCCGUCACCGGCACCAUUAUCACCAAGUUUUCUCUCGGUCUCACUGAGGAAGACCGCAAGAACUCUGUCUUUGCUCAGAGGCACAAAAACUAAAGUGACUCUGGAUUUGUGCUCUUUAUGGGUUGCAUUUGAAAUAAUGGACACCACAUAUAAUUUGUUUUUUCUGCUGAUUUUAUUAUGAACAAAGGUGCUUUAUGAAUGUUUUUUGGUGAAUUCAAGUGUAUGUUUGGUUGAUUUGCAUAAAGCGGUUGUUUCUUUGCUUAUUAAA